AUGACCGAACAGCCCAGCCCCUCUCCUUCUCCCCCCGCUGCGGGUGCGCGCUCGAGCAAGAAAACCCCGAAGAGCCAGCUCUCCAAGGGCAUGGAGCACAUCCGCUACGCCGUGACCGUUGAUCCGGCCGUCGAGCAGCAGCCCUCGACCUACGGCGUGCCGAACUCGGUCAUCGAGCCCGUCCGCAAGCCCGCCUCGUCGCGCUCGCACGACCCGUCCAACAACCAGAAGCGCAGCGACCCCUUCCAGUUUGGCUCGCGCUACCUGGAAGAGGGCGAUAACAUCUUCGAGUUCAACGCCUGGGACCACGUCGAGGUCGACGACGCCUACAGAGAGUUCGCCGAGUGCCAGUACUCGCAACAGCGCGAGAACCCCGUCUCCGACUUUGACAAGCAGCGCUUCAACGGCGAUCCGGCCAAGUGGUGGAACCUGUUUUACAAGAACAACCAGAGCAACUUCUUCAAGAACCGGAAGUGGCUGUUCCAGGAGUUCCCCGUGCUGGAAGCCUUGACGAGAAAGGAAAGCCCGCCAACGCUCAUGCUGGAAACCGGCGCGGGUGCGGGAAACACGGCCUUCCCCAUCCUGAAGCUCAACGAGAACCCCAACUUCAAGAUUCACGCCUGCGAUUUUUCCAAAACUGCCGUCGACGUCAUGAGGAGGAAUGAAGCCUACGACAAUGGCGUGAAGAUCCAGGCCGACGUGUGGGACGUGGCCGGCGAAGGAGACCAGAGCUUGCCCCCGGGCAUACAGGAAGGCACUGUUGACGUGGUGCUCAUGGUCUUCAUCUUUUCCGCCCUGGCUCCUUCGCAGUGGGCCCAAGCUGUGCGGAACAUCUACCGUGUGCUCAAGCCCGGCGGAUACGUGCUCUUCCGCGACUACGGCCGCGGCGACUUGGCGCAGGUGCGCUUCAAGAAGGGCAGGUACUUGGACGAAAACUUUUACGUGCGCGGAGAUGGCACGAGGGUGUAUUUCUUCGAGAAGGAGGAACUGGAGAAGAUCUGGGGUGGCAACCUCAAGACGCUCUUCGCAGAAAAGGAGCCCAAUGGUGGAGACGCCGCCGAGCAGAUGGAGAGGUUAGGGCUUGACGAGAAGGCGCCGGCCCUCGAAGAAGUCCCCACUUUCGACAUUGAGUCGAUCGGCGUGGACCGCCGCAUGCUCGUCAACCGCCAACGCAGGCUCAAGAUGUACAGGUGCUGGAUGCAAGCAGUCUAUCGCAAACCCGGGGGCAGCACACCGGCCAUCCUCAGAACCCCCGUGAAGCCUGAUGCUGAAGCGGAGCCGACUUCUUAG